GCAAUAAACAGAACUGAUAAUAGGAAUUAUUUGGAGUUAUCCAGAUCUACAGUGUAUAAAAAAGUGAUAUUAGCUGUAUUAUCACUGAAUUAUCUUACUAUUACAAUAGUUAACUACUUCCUUAUCACUGUGGAUUACGCUUCCUUCCUAUCAUUACACACAACACAGGAAUUCAGAACAAACAAACAAAUAAAAGAAAUAUGCUUACCAUCUCUUCUCAUGAGUUAUCAACUACUGGCACUUCGCCGACAGAGUAUUUCACUGAUUUGAACAGACUAAUCAAGAAAUCUGAGAACACUUCACCAUGCUCAACAUUUUCUACACCUCCUCCCCCUUCACAUAUGUUCAAUUCAAUUACAUCAACUUCUUUACUUCAAUUACAAACUUAUUCCGAUCAAUAUAACAAUCUUCAGAGUAAUCAUCAAAUGACUUUCAGUGAAGGUCAAACUAAUUGUAAUCCAGAAGAAAAGUUAACAAGUAAUCAGUUCACAUCAAGCAUCAUAAUCAAACCAAAUGAUCAUAGAAAUGCUAAAAUUAAAACUCAAUGUGAUUCCACAGACAUUAAUUGUCAUGAUUAUAAUACCUAUAAUAUUUUCCCUAAUGAUCUGUUAAAUUCUGAGAGUAGAUUAAACUGUCUGAAUUCUGUAUCGAAUUAUUUAACUGGUGUUUAUCGACCUACUUGUCCACCAUAUUCAGUUUACAGCGGAUAUGCAGAUAAUACACAUGAAAAGUUGAAUCAUACAGCAGUCAAAUCUGAAACAGAUGAUUCAAGAAACAAUUUUUCACCCAACAAAACAGAAUGUAAAAGAACCCUACAAGCUAAUUCAUCCACAUUAAAUUCUGAAGUUUUCGAUAAAAUAUUACAUUCACCAAUAACAGGCAUUAGUGGAGAAUAUGAUGUUGGUGGUGAUGAAAAUACAGGGAAUUCCUCACACCGUUCAAUAACAUCUAAUUAUUCUCUGCAAGAAAAUGUUAAUAAUAAUAUGACACCAGGAAGAACAAUCUAUUUGAAUUCAGCAUUAAAUCGACAUGACUACGAAAUGAAUAUGAUGCCGUAUACAUCUGCCAACACAAAUGUGAAUACGACAGAAUCAUCCUUAGACCGAUUCGGUCCAAAAACCAGACAAGAAUGCGUGAAAUGUGGUCGACAAAUUUAUUCCAAUGGACAUCCAGAUGGUACUGGUCAUUUUUUCUGUCAUCCUUGUGGUCAACGGUUGCAUGAACAAGAGGAGAAAGAAAAUGAUCAAGAUUUAGACGGUGGUGGUGGUGAUGAUGACGAAGACGAUGGUGAAGAUGAAAAGUCGAGUGAAGACACAGGAGAUCCAGAUAUGUCAUUUCCAAACAAUUGGUUAUCUACAUCAAGACCUACAAAUUAUGAUAAUGGUGUAAACAUUAAGUCUGAUGUUACUAAACUAGAAGACAUUAAAACACCAGGAAUUCGAGAUAAUUGUGAUACAAAAAUGAAUCAAUUGAUUAGUCAAUAUGACAGAAAUAAUGAACUUAUUUCAAAUAUAUCAGAACCUAAUGAUUUAUCAAGUGAAUUUUCAAAGAAUUUUAUCAAAGAUUCAUUACUUUUAUCGAAUUCACAAUUUCCUUAUUCACCAAUGUCAUGUAGACGUGCAUUUCGUAAUGGAAUUGUAAAAAAUCUUCCUAAUCGUAAACCACAAACUAAUCGAAGAAUUGGUCUGGUUUGUUCAAAUUGUGAGACUACUCAAACCACUUUAUGGAGACGUAAUCUUGAUGGACAACCAGUUUGCAAUGCAUGUGGACUAUAUCAAAAAUUACAUGGUAGAACUCGACCAACAUCAAUGCGAAAGGAUGCCAUACAGACAAGAAAGAGAAAAUCGAAAAAACGAAAGGAUUACAGUCUGACAGUUGCUGUCGCUGCAGCUGCUGCCGCCGCCGCCGCAGCAGCCGCGGCCUCUGUAUCAUCAGCACCUUCAACUCCAGUGGCAUGUGCACUAUCGAAUGCCUUUUACCGAACACCAUGUUCAACAAGUGAAUUAUAUCAUACAAAUAAAAGUUCUAUUUUCACUCCCAAUUUGUUUAAUUCCAAUUCAUCAACUGAUUCACAUCCGUUAUCAGUCCCUGGUUCAUUCUCAAAAUUUCUACCAGAACAAUCUUUUCCGUUACGUGAUAAAAUUUCCGACGGUUCAGCUUUUCCAUCGUCAGCAUCAUCUCAAUCGUUCACCAAAUCAUUCAAUCAUUAUGAGUUGAAUAAUAACAAUAAUAACGAAAAUCUACGCCAAAAGAAAUUCACAUACCCCGAAGGUUUACCGAAUUCACUGAAUACAAGUUACAAUCAUUAUCAAGAUUAUGAGAAACCAAUGUUAUCAAAUUACCAGAAUUAUCAAGCUGAAUUAAGUUAUCAUUUACAAAAGCAUUUUUCACUUCAACAAAAUCCCUUGAACAUUUAUCAGAAUAUUCCAAAUUUAUUACAGACAGACAUUUAUGGAUCAUCAUAUAAUGAUAAUAAAUCUAUGUCUUUACCUUUCAAUUAUCAGAGGUUUCAUAGACAAGCGCCUAAUAUAUCAAUUUCAACAGGUUCGCCAUCAUUAUCAAAUGCUCAGCGUAAUGAUUACAAUGAUUAUCAGCAACAUGAACCACGUGAUCAGUAUUCAUCAUGUCAUGGACCAAAUAUAGGAGGAGCACACAAUAAUAUGUCACUGAAUCCCUCUGAUGUAAACAGAAGGUAUUUUCAAACAGUAAAUGACUAUCACUCUAAUCCAUUGAUAACAUCUUUAGACAAUAAUAAUAGCCAAGAGACAUGUUCUAUACCCUCACCCUAUGAACAGCAACAGUUACAAGAUAGACAACCACAACAACCUCAACAGCAACACUUCUUAGAUCCUUCAGAAAGAAAUCCGAAGAUAUUCUCAACAUCUCCGACACAAAUCAUGCAUAACAAAAUGAUUUGGAGUGCACCAUAUUCAUCAUCGUCUUCAUCGACAUCCUCCACACCAUUAUUAUUACCAUCAUCCAGUAAUGAUAUUCAACACAAUUUACAUUCGAAUAAAAACUUUCCACUACUGGAUCAACGACAACCACAACAGCACCAUCAAAAUUAUGGAUCAAAUCUAAGUGAGAAACAGAUAUUUGCAUCAAAUUUUGAAUUGCUGGAAAAGAAUUCUUUGCUAUCAAGCUAUAAGUCCGGGAUGAAUGAAAAUCAAAAUUCUCAAGAGAAUCCUAUACAUUUUUGUUGUGAUAAUUAAAAAUAAGAGGAACAAAAAAAGUUUCGGAUGUCUGUAAAAAAGAAAACUGAUCCAGUGUUUUUUGGGCGAAAAGUGAAUAUAUAAACAAACAUGAGCAUACAAUUAUUAGAGUAAAAUAAGGCCCUGAAACUGCACACCGUGAACAAAUUUAUCAAUUGCCCAUGUUGCUACUCAUUUAUUAAUUAAGUAAUAUAUUCAAAUUGAAAGUAUACAGUCUAAGAAUAUGAAACAGCAUUUUAGAUGACUGAUGCUUACAGUAAUUGUACAUAUACACUAUCGCAUAAAUAUAGACAAAUACAUAUAUAUUUGGUCAUGACUUCUGCACAUGCCCUCCAAGUGUCAAGUCUUUUUGAAUUCUUGUAAUUUCUUCUUCAAGCCAGAAUAUUUGUUACUGUCAAUUGUAGUUACAUAUACAUAUAUCGAU